ACACAUAUAUAUAGAUAUAAUAUCAUGGUGAGCAAAAAAACAAUGGGUAGAACCCCAUGCUGCGAGAAAAUAGGGUUGAAGAAAGGGCCAUGGACAAGUGAAGAAGACGACAAACUCUUGUCUUAUAUUCAACAAAACGGCCAUGGAAGCUGGAGAGCCUUGCCUCUCAAUGCCGGGUUGCAGAGAUGUGGAAAGAGUUGCAGAUUAAGGUGGACUAAUUAUUUGAGACCUGAUAUUAAAAGAGGCAAAUUCACUUCCCAAGAAGAACACACCAUCAUUCAGCUCCACGCUCUCCUUGGAAACAGGUGGUCGGCCAUAGCCACUCAUUUGCAGAAGAGAACGGACAAUGAAAUCAAGAAUUAUUGGAACACACAUCUCAAGAAAAGACUGGCGAAUAUGGGCAUUGACCCGGUUACCCAUAAGCCGAAAAACGGUACCCUUUUAUCCGGCCAUUCGAAGAACUCGGCUAAUCUCAGCCAUAUGGCUCAGUGGGAAAAUGCUCGGCUCGAAGCUGAAGCCAGAUUGGUCAAGCAAUCUAAACUACGCUCACCCGCACUUGAUUCCUUUCAGGCUCAAGACUCGGAAUUUCCAUCCGGGCCUAGCCCGGUCCAUAAGCCCGUCGGCCCGAGCCCGUACCCUGACGUGCUAAAGGGAUGGAUCGGCGGCGCGUGGGAAAAGACGAGCUCAUCAUUUCUUGAGCAUGUCGGAGAAGGCAUACUCACGGAUGAAUUAGAAAGAGAAAAAGACUCGGGAAAUUAUUUGGCGGCACUAAGAGACGAGGGGAUCGAUAAUCCGGUCCAAUUUACGCCGGAAUUGCAUGAGCCACCGCUAUUCUCGACGGAAUGGGCGUCGGAAUCAAUGCUAGGGCAUACUUCCGAGCAUGUUCCUAGUGACAAUUUUGCCGAAACAUUUACAGAUCUUUUGCUCAACAAUUCUUGUGAUGAGGGUGACGGCGGAGAGUCGGACAAUAGCAACGGAAGCGAUGGAGAUAGUUGUGAGGGUAACCGGAAUUAUUGGGAUAGCAUUCUUAAUCUCGUGAAUUCUUCGCCUUCUGAUUCACCGAUAUUUUGAAUGACUCGAUUUCGAAAUGUAGAAAUUUUUAUUUCCCUAUUUUCCUUUUUUGUUUUUUCGAACUCGGGCGUUAGCUGACACUAGUUAAAUUUUAUUCUUUUAUAAUUUUGAAUCGAAUUCGUGAA